AUGAACAUCUGGAUAGCCGCUAGUGACGGUAAUUUGCAGAAAGUUGAAUCCUUUUUGUCCGCGGGCUUUGGACCGGAAUCUAAGGAUCCUAAUGGAUAUACACCAAUACAUGCAGCAGCAGCUUAUGGCCACCUUGAACUGCUACGUAAGCUGUGCUCAUCUCCUUAUAAUGGAAGCAUCAACAUUCGUGAUAACGAUGGCGACACGCCGUUGCAUCACUGUGAGGAUCUGGAGGCAGCGAAAUUGAUAGUCGAAGAGUUAGGAGGGGAUUGGAAGCUGACCAACAGCGAUGGCAAAACUGCGUUGGAGGUGCUGGAAGAAGACCAAGAAUUUCCUGAGUUGAUUGGGUACUUACGGGAAAAGAGCGGUGUGGAACAAGAAAACUUAGGCAUAGACAGCGAGCAAAUGGCGUUAUUUAAAGACAACUUGCGUUAUACCCUAGAAAACGAACCGGAGACUAAUGACCCAGAGAGCGCAGCUCGUCGCAAUAGAAUCGAACAGAUUUUGAAUGGCGGAAAUGCCGAGCAGGAGUUGGAACAGUAUAUCCGCACUCUAGUGCGGUCACAGUGGACAGAUCAGGAAAAUGUAGAGCCUGACUCCAAAAAAAGAAGAGAAUAG